GUGAGGUUACGCAUGCGCGGACCAGCGCGAGCGCCAAUUGGACGGGGAGGUGGCCACGUGACUGGCGUGCCAGCGCGGAGUCUUGGCCUCAACAUGUAUGUAAGAUGGCUUUUCCAGUCCUCACGACUCCAGCAGCCUUGGAGGGCAGCCUUCCUGAAACACAUCCGGUGCAGGCACCAGGGAGCCAGGUGCUGGACACAUUCCGGAGGCGGCCCCUACAGAGCGGUGAUUUUUGAUAUGGGUGGAGUUCUCAUUCCUUCUCCAGGGAGAGUGGCUGCAGAAUGGGAACUACAAAAUGAUAUCCCUCCUGGAACCAUACUGAAGGCCUUUAUCUCAGGUGGUGAAAAUGGACCCUGGAUGAAAUUUAUGAGGGGAGAGAUAACAGCAGAAGAUUUCUUACAACAAUUUGAGAGACUUUGCUCUGAAAUCUCAAAGACCUCCGUGCCUGUGGGCUCCUUUUUCUCUCUGCUGACCAGUGAGCAAGUGGCGAAGCAGUUCCCAGUGAUGACUGAGGCCAUAACUCAGAUUCGAGCAAAAGGCCUUCAGACUGCAGUCUUGAGCAACAAUUUUUAUCUUCCCAAUGGGAAAAGCUUUUUGCCGCUGGACCGGAAACAGUUUGAUGUGGUGGUGGAGUCCUGCCUAGAAGGUGUCUGUAAGCCAGACCCCAGGAUAUACAGUCUAUGCUUGGAGCGGCUCGGCCUGCAGCCUUCUGAGUCCAUCUUUCUUGAUGAUCUUGGACCGAAUAUAAAAGCAGCUGCCAGCCUUGGCAUUCACACCAUACUGGUUCACGACCCAGAAACUGCAGUAAAGGAAUUAGAAACCCAUUUGGGUUUUACGCUGAGAAUGGUUGUUCCAAACACUUGCCCUGUGAGAAAGACAAUGGACAUUCCACGAGAUUCCCUGGAGAAGUACCUCAAAGACUUACUGGGGACCCAAAGCACAGGCCCAUUGGAACUCCUUCAGUUUGGUCAUGGGCAGUCAAAGCCAACCUACUACGUCAGGCUAGCUAACCAGCAGCUGGUUCUGAGGAAGAACCCCCUGGGGACCCUCCUUCCAUCCACCCAUGCAGUGGAGAAGGAGUUCAGGAUAAUGAAAGCCCUUGCGAAUGCCGGGGUGCCUGUCCCCAAAGUUCUUGACCUCUGUGAAGACUCAAGGGUCAUCGGUGCUCCGUUCUAUCUGAUGGAGUACUGCCCAGGCCUCAUCUACAGAGACCCCACUCUGCCAGGCUUGGAGCCCACCCAGAGGCGGGCCAUUUACGCUGCCAUGAACAGAGUCUUGUGCAGAAUUCACAGCGUGGACCUCAAGGCUUCAGGCCUGGAAGACUACAGGAAACACGGGGACUAUGUUUCACGUCAGGUGCAGACCUGGAUUAAACACUAUCGAGCCUCUGAAACCAGCACCAUCCCGGCGAUGGAGAGGCUCAUCCAAUGGCUGCCGCUCCAUCUUCCCAGGCACCAGAAGACCACCGUGGUGCAUGGGGACUUCAGGCUGGAUAACCUGCUCUUCCAUCCAGAAAAGGCCGAGGUGCUUGCCGUCCUUGACUGGGAACUCUCUACCUUAGGCGACCCCCUUGUGGACGUGGCCUUCAGCUGCCUGCCUCACUACCUGCCGUCCAGUUUUCCCGGGUCCCUGCUGCGAGGUUUCAGUGACUGUGAUUUCGCUCAGCUGGGAAUCCCUGCUGCAGAGGAGUAUUUCAGGAUGUACUGUCUUCACUCGGGGAUCCCUCCUGCUGACAACUGGAACUUCUACAUGGCCUUCUCUCUUUUCCGCAUGGCCGCGAUCCUGCAGGGAGUCUACAAGCGCUCACUUACAGGGCAAGCAAGCUUUGUGGCCACCGAACCAAAUGGAAAACUGACUGAAUUUAUGUCUAAUCUGGCCUGGGAUUUUGCCAUCAAAGAAGGGUUCCGGGUUUUCAAAGAGAUGCCAGCCACAAAAUCGUCAACAAGGUCCUGUCAUACUCAGGCUGGUCACAGUCCCUGCCGAGCACCCCAGGCAUGAGCAGUUAUAUCCCCUUUCCAGAAUCUUCCCCAGCUCAUGUGUCAAAGGGGCUCUGGUUAUCUCUCCGGAGGGCCUUUCCCCACCGGUCAGGGAGCUGCAUCAGUGACUGAAGCAGUGACAUGUGUACCCUGCCAAGUCAGAGCUAGGGAGUCACCAAGCCUCAGCAGAGGGAUGGACUGCUUCCCUACUGAUGGGAGUAUCUUGACGGAAAGCAGCGUACUGAAUUGGUAAGAUGUCAUUAACAUGGCUGAACCUCAGCCCAGUGACCAGACACAUCUGCUCCCCGCCCAAGCAGCGAAGAGACAAGAGCGCUGAAAGGAAUUAUCUUUGCUUUUCAUCAUCAUCAGGAAGAGCUGGCUCUAGAUUACUGAGUUUUCACUUCAUCGCUUUUUCUGUGUGACCAUGUCAUGGCCCGAAGCCUCAGCCCAAGCAGAGGAAUACCAACUCUGUGGUUCAUGCCCCAGGACACGUGGGCCUAUUUUAUGCAUAUUUGAAUUAUGUAAAUUUGAAACACUGAUAUAAAAUACAUCAGUUAAUAA